AUGGCUACUGUAGAUGUUGCAGGACCUGCCAUCCUUCGUCGUCGUCACCAAUCUCCUGAAAUUAUCGAUGUUGAUGCCUUUGAAGAACCAGAGAUCUCGUACAUUGGUCGCAGGCGCACCCAGCGAGGACCCAUCCCAAAUCAAUCUACUAGCGAUACGGCGGGACCCUCUGCAGGCCCGUCGCACUCCGGUUCCGCACCUAUCAUCAUCUUAGACAGCGACGACGAGUCGCGUAUUAACAACGCAGCAAGUACUACUCGGGGUAUACCACGUUCCUUUCAUGCGCAUUUAGCCCAUGUUGACAUUAUUUCUACAGAAUUUCGUCCUCGCUUUAUGUCUCCUCCUCCACGGCCUGUCCAUCCAAGGUACAUCCCGCCUGUACCUCCGAUCCCCCAUAAUCUCAGAGGUCAGGGUUCCUUCCCUACUCACCUCAUCUUGCAAGAUCCUCUUCCCCCAGUGAUUCGCCCCCGUGCCCAGCCUUUCCCUUUUGAAGCCCAAUUCCGUCGACCGCCGCCGCGUGGGCCAAGCCCCCCAGUUCAGCUGCCGCCACUUGGUGUCGCGCGCUCUCACCAUCAGCCUUCCAUGGGCCUUGGUGGUGCUAUGAUAGCCCUCAACAGACAGAACGCUGUGGCUGAAGAAGCCAACCGCCUACGCGAGCAGGAACUACGAAUCUCAAGGCUUGGUCCAGGUCUCGCGGCCGGCGCUGCACGCUUUGUAGACAUGUUGGCUGGACCGCGCCGAGCUUUGGGAAAUAUUGCUGCAAGUCUCGACCUAGACCACUUUGACGCGUUCUUUGAUGGUUUGUUUGGCGCGGAAGACAUACAUGGCGCCUAUGGAGUACAUGCGGGUGCGCCAGACACAGCGCGAUCCGGACCCAGCGAACCCCAUUACAAGCCGUUCUAUACGCAUCCGGAGAAGGCGAUGCCUGGCUUUACAUUUGAUUUCGCUCCCUCGGAAGUGUCUUCAAGCACAUCUUCUGUGACUAUAGUUGAGGAUAAUGAUGGCAACGGAGUCGCUGGUCCAAGUACAAGUGCAGCCAUGGCUCCCGGAAACGUUGCUAUGACUAUGUCGCUUGUCUGUGCUCAUUGCAUGGAUCCUCUCGUCAGGCCAGUUGAGGGUGCCAGCGAUGAAGAGCGGAAAGACAAGAGGAUAUGGGCGCUCCGUUGCGGGCACAUGUUUGACGGAAAGUGUACCGCAACGCUGAUGCGACCUCCUGCAGACACUCGAAAGGAUGACUCUCAUGAACCUAGGGAUGAAGCGCAAGCCAAACUUGACCCCGGUUCAAGUUCUAGUUCUGCAAAGGCUAGUUCUACGGCGACUAGAAGCCGGGGUAGAAGGAAGCCAGGGCUCGCUGCUGAUAUCAAGGGCAAGGGCAAGAUGGUCGACCUCCCGGAGCCCGACCCUAGCAUACCCGGCGGUUUUCCUGGUGCCAUCCGUACGGAGCCAGCCUCCGAAGACAAUUCGAUGCGUUCUCGUCUACGAUCUCACUUACCGUCAAGGGCCUCCGUCAGUGUCACCAACUCGAAUGCGGAAGCUGCGGGCUUGUCGAAUAGUCCUGCCCGUCCUAUUCGUCCUUUGCCUAGAAGACGAGGUCAGAAUUCGGCAAGUUUGAGAGGCAAAGGUAAAGGGCGAGUUAAUGCGAAGAGCAAGGCUGUUGUCACAGCCAUACAUGAGUGGUCUUGCCCGGUAGCAGGAUGUUUGCGCGUCCAUGCUAGCGUUUGCAUUAACGGGGAAUGGAAGAUGGAUAAAGACAGAGGCGGUAUUGUUGUCUAUGUAUGA